UGCGUGUGUGCAGCCUGUGACACGAGCUAAAGAAACAGAGGAGGUUUCUUGGUUGCUGCUGUGAUGCCCAGCAGAUCCAGUGCCAAGCUGUAGCUGCUGUAUCCAGCACAGCGGAAUGUGGAUUUCGGCUCGGCUGCAUUAUCUGAAGCAGAAUUCACACCAGCCUUAUCAGGAGAGGCAUUCUACUCUGCCUGCACUGUUAAGCCUACAGCCUCUGCAGACUGGACUGCUGCUGUUUCAUUGUCAUCAGUGAACAAUUGUGGUAUCCCUGUGCUCUAGCACUUUUUCCACUGGAAAAUGGGAAUGAAGACAAAUACAGCAAAGUUUUUGUGGCUGCUGAUGUUCUUCUCUGAUAUUGUGCCAUUCAGCUGUGAGAAAUCAAUGAGAGAAAGAGCUAUUGAGCUGAUGCAAGAUGCACGUUUGAUCGAUGGCCACAAUGACUUUGCACUGCAGCUGAGAAUACUUUACCAAAAUAGGCUCAGCAGAGUCAAUUUAAGAGAACUCAACACGACCCACACAAACCUUGUGAAACUUCAGGCUGGUUAUGUGGGAGCUCAGUUUUGGUCAGUGUAUGUUCUUUGCAGCGCUCAGAACAAGGAUGCUGUGCGCCUGACCUUAGAGCAAAUUGAUGUUGUCAAGAGGAUGUGUAACAGCUAUGAAGAGCUGGAACUCGUGAUGACUUCCCAAGGUAUCUCUGACAGUAGAAGGAUUGCAUGUUUGAUUGGAAUAGAAGGUGGCCACUCAAUUGACAGCAGUUUGGCAACACUGAGGAUGUUCUAUGACUUGGGUGUUCGUUACAUGACUUUAACACACUCCUGCAACACUCCUUGGUCUGAAUCAUCAUCUAAAGGAAUACACAGCUUUUAUCCCAAUGUUACUGGUCUGACUGCGUUUGGCCAAGAAGUGGUAAAGGAGAUGAAUCGCCUGGGUAUGCUGAUAGAUUUAUCUCACACCUCAUACUCCACAGUAAAAGCUGCACUCAGUAUCUCAAAAGCACCAGUAAUUUUCAGCCACUCCUCAGCAUUUUCUGUUUGCAAUCACUCUAGAAAUGUUCCUGAUGAUAUCCUCCAGGAACUGAAAAAGAACAAGGGAAUUAUCAUGGUGAAUUUCAAUGCAGAUGUACUGGCCUGUGGCAGAAAAGUUGUUACUAUUUCUACCCUUGCAGAUCAUUUUGACCAUAUAAAGGAAAUUGCAGGCUCAGAAUCGAUAGGAAUUGGUGGUGACUAUGAUGGAGUGGAACGCUUUCCUGAAGGAUUGGAAGAUGUCUCUAAAUACCCUUCUUUGAUAGAGGAACUUCUUAGAAGAGGAUGGAAUGAAACUGAACUGAAAGGAGUCUUAAGGGAGAACUUUCUCCGUGUCUUCAGGGAAGUAGAAAAUGUGCGGAACUCUUUAGGAGUCAUGGACGUAGGUGAAAGUGAAAUUCUGCAAGAAGUACAAAAUUCCUGUCGCCUAGACCUACGGAAGCCUCAGCUUCAGUCAUCCACGUCCUUUGGAUUUCCUUCUGUGGCACAACCUUUUAGUCUGACACUUGUAUCAUAUUUAAUGCUGCAUUAUAUAGCAUAAGAUUUAUGGAGUCUAGAAAGAGAUUUAUGGAGUACUCUGCAAAGCAACUACUUAUCCUUCUGUGAUUUGUUAACAGAAAACUAUAAUAAAUUUUUAAACUUAAUUUCUAUAAAUUCAUCUGCAUACUUGAAAAACCAUGUAAAUGAUAAACGAUGUAGCAAAAGCAUUGAGAUUUUGAAAUGAUAAAUUCUGUAUCCUCUCAGCUAGACAAGGACCAACAUUGUUAGUGGAAAAUAUCCACAUUUAAAGAAGAAAUUCUGUAAUACUUGAUGCAUGGUUUUGGUACCCUUACUGUGGAAUAAAAACUGGAGUACAGAACCAGCAGUUCCACACAGGAACUAGAGAUUUUGAUUAAGACAUCUGUGCCAAGAAGUUUUCAAGAAUUACUUCUUGUUAAACCAUAAAACUUCCAUCAAUAGUUGAUGGCUUACUCAGAGAAGACCAUCCCCUGCCACAUGGAGAAGUCUGCUUUUUUGGUUUGCUUGUGGUUUUUUGUUUUUUAAGAUGACAAGAGGAGUGACAAACCUAUUCCAGUUUGAACUGCUUGCCUACAACUAGCGUUAGAGACCCAUUCUGCAGUACUAAACUCUUAUUUUUGAACCCUGACUGGUUCUUAUUUUUGAAUCAGUUGACCAGUGGGCAACUGGACAGUUACUGCAGGAUGGAGGCAGAUCUCUUACUCUUCAAGUGCAGGCAACAUUGUAGAUACUUUUCUAUAAUUUGAGAACAGAUGUUUGCAGCGUUUUCAUGAUGAUGGGAGCAAGACAAGUCAAGACAAAGCAGGAAUUCUGGCUGGUAAGAGGGUUGUGGAAAUCUUUUUGACAUUUAAACAAUUAUCCUUAUCAGUAACGUGUUUUAUUAUUUCAUUUCUAUUCUGGCUGGCUAAAAUCAGACCAUGGUUAGUGGAUUCAUAGACAUGAGAUUAGACAGAGGUCUUUUUAUUUUAAAUCUGCUGUUUUGACCUUUGGAAUACUUUUUGAAAUGCACAAGGUAUGUGAGGUCAGAAGCUCCUGGUGCAGAGAAGAGCAUAUAUUGAGAUAGGCCUGUUCUUUGUAGGCUCAAAACUGACAUUUUAGUCAAAUAUGCUGAGAUUCAUUAUUAAAUUAUAAGAUGGCAGCACUGUAUCUUUGUAUGGCCAGUUCCCAGUGCUUGCUGGUAAAUGCUUUCCCAUUAUAUUUGCUGUUAAUUGUGAUUUUAUGAUCCAUUUGUUAAUUGCUGAUAUGACAUCUACAGAAUUUAGCCUUAGUGUAGAAUAAAAGCCUUAGUGUAGAAGAAAUUAAAAUUCCUGUAAUUGAUCUAAGGAAAGUAUUUGUAACCACACAAAGUAUUUAACAACCAAAAGAGAAGGCUGAGCAUGAACAGGAUGUCAAAACAGCACAUUAGUUUUUUUUUCUAGAGGAAUUUGAGACUCUUCAUACCAUCCAUUUCUGCACUCUAUGUACAAGUAGGACUUCUGGAAGGAUUUUGUUCUUUUAUAGCUUCAAAAUAAGCUUCAUUAAUUAUUUUGAUAAGAUGGUCUCCUUGAUAAAUACAUUCUAAUUAUACUCCAGUAUGUUACCAAAUUCUUUACAAAUCAUGUGGAACCAUCUAGUUGCACACAAGUCAACUUUUAAAGAAUAAUUUCUCAAUAAAUACUGGGAAUACUGAU